CUCAGCUCGAAGUCGAACUCCCGCUAUUUUACUAAAAAAGUUAGGGCUUUUACUAGGCCUCUGCCUACUAAACUACUUGAAAACCACGUCGGAAUCCGACUGAAGGAAGGCAGACUCAAUAUCAAGGUUUUCUGAGAGUGUUUGCAAGCUGCAACUUGAGGUAUGACCUCUGAGGCGCGGUCCCAGGUCCUCCGGAACGACCGGCUCAUGUACCAACUCGCAGAGACCAUAGAUGCCGUCAAGUACUACUUCCCCUUAGGUCGCGACCUUCUUGGCUCCCAGGCGGCCGUCUCCAACAUCAUCGGACGAACAGAACCAGAUUACCAGGAGAUUGUCUUCAAAUGUUUGUAUACGUGGAGGAAUGCGAAUGGGAAAGGAAAGGGGGAGAGACUGGUGGAGAUAUUCAGAGGUGUUGAGUUAGAUAAAGUUGCAGAUUACUUAGAGCGUGCACUUGCAAGAAACCCAAACUGCCUCGGUGAGGAUAGAUUCCUACAGAGUUUGGCAUCAAAGAUAGACUGUGCUUCGGUCUACAGGAAACUCGGCCUUCCGCUCUUGGACAACAACUCUGCAAGGUUAUCAAACCUCAUCGGUCCACUGCAUAUUCCAUUUACCCAGUACAAAGAAGCCCUCUUUCAGGUACUGAUUAGGUGGAGGAAUCAAGAGGGGUCGUAUUUAAAAUCAUUGGAAUCACUAAAGAAGACACUCCUCAGACAUGGACUCAGUGAUACUGCACGAAAGCUGCAUCAUAUGGAAUAUGGACAUGAUUCUGGCCCCAUGGAAUCAACUGAAAAUGACUGCAAAGAGGAAAGCACUCCUAGCUUUAUAGAUGAGAAGAUGGAGACUGACGGCCCUCCAGCGAACCGCGCCCUCUCUCAAGAACAAUUCUACGACAUCUAUCUCUAUGCAUCGUCAAAGGACACGCAGUAUUUUCUAACCAUGAAGCAGCUCAUUCAUAGAAUAGGAUGGAAGAUGACUUCUUGUUUUGAUCUUGAACUUGGCGAACCGGUGAUGGGAAGCAUCGAGAAGGCUCUACUGAAAUGUUCACACGUCGUGUGUUUGAUAACGAGAGACGAUUGCGAUCAGGACAUCAACGUCGAACGAACGAUGACGAUCGAGAUGACCUUUCAGUCGCUGAAAGAUAAAGGAUUGUCAAGAAGUCUUAUCCCGAUAUACUGUGGUGUGCCGGAAUCUGCCCUACCGCUAUCGCUUAGGGCCUUGAGAGGAGUGAGUAUUGAUGACCAUGACCUUGAAAAGUUAUUGAGGAAUAGCAUUGACGUGAGCAUUCGUAAAAAGAGGGAAGAGGAAUUUCGCAAUGUUUCAGAACUGAGCACCCAUACAGACGCCAAUGAUCCUCUACCAUUGAUCUCAUCAAGCGAGGCAACAUUCCAAUGAAGGGAGGAUGGAUGAUAAAGUGAAUACAAUCAGAUCCCUGGGGCCCCAUUUCAUGAAACUUGUUAUAAUAACAAAUUUGCAAUAGCAGUUAAAAGCUACUGAAAUCCUUCAAUCUGAUUGGCUGAUAGUAAAUUAGUUGUAGAAAUUGUGCAUUUGUGAAACAGGACCCUGAUCAAGGCCCUUUCACAAUUGAACCCAGGUGGUUGUUUUAUAAAGUUGUUCAUAAAGUUACGGACGACUUUACGCGCGACUGGAACCUGUUCUUAGGUCAUAACUCAUUUACAUAGGGAUAUCACAAAACACAAGAAAGGAUCAUCAGAACAACAUUAUGCCGCUGAUGCUUAACACAUUAAAAAAUUCUGGCAGUGUUUUUUUUUUACAAUAGGCUCCUUGAUUUGAAUGAAAAGUCAAGCAAAUUUCCACUUUGAAAUGUAAUUUUCUUGUUUUAUUGCAUUGACAAUGGGAGUGUGUAAUGAUAUGGUUAAUUUUAACAGCUUAAAAAGCAGCACACAUUACACUUCAAAUGGUAUCAACAUUCAAUUCUGCUAUUUAUUUUAGUGAUGGUAAAUAUGGAGCACUUUAUAUCAUAUCAUGUUAGGAACA